AAUCUUCUCCAAUUCACAUUCCCUUCCUGCUAAAAGGGACAGAUAUACCAAUUGUAGGAGAUAUCGGAAUACAUAACCUCUUCCUACAUCCUGCUGCUAGCACUUAUUUGCUUUCUUUACUUUGAAAUUAUUCUUUUAUAUACCCCCAACCUAGCCAGUGCUAUAAUCUAGGAGCUUUUUAUCGUAUCGGCCCCUCACCAUGCAUUCGGCUCGGAACGUUCUUUUCGGCCUGCUCGCCGCCGCAGGUGUUUCUGCUGCAGAUGGCUCAGAUGUCACCCAGCUAACCAAGGACACAUUCAACGAUUUCGUUAAGACCAAUGAUCUCGUCCUAGCAGAAUUCUUCGCACCAUGGUGUGGUCACUGCAAAGCCCUCGCCCCCGAGUAUGAGGAGGCUGCUACAACACUGAAGGAGAAGUCAAUCAAACUAGCCAAGGUUGACUGCACAGAGGAGAGCGAGCUCUGCCAAUCAUUCGGUGUCGAGGGCUACCCGACACUGAAGAUUUUCCGUGGCCCAGAAAACAUCACUCCCUACUCCGGCCAAAGGAAAGCUGCUGCGAUUACCUCCUACAUGAUCAAGCAGUCCCUCCCCGCCGUUUCACUUUUGACGUCGGAUACCCUCGAGGAUUUCAAGACCGCUGACAAGGUCGUUCUUGUCGCCUAUAUCGACGCCUCCGAUAAGGCCUCUAACGAGACUUACACCAAGGUCGCUGAGCAGUAUAGGGAUUCUUAUCUCUUCGGUGCUACCAACGACGCUGCUUUGGCCGAGGCCGAGGGCGUCAAGGCCCCCGCUAUCGUUCUGUACAAGCAGUUCGAUGAGGGCAAAGCUACCUUCACCGACAAGUUCGAGGAAAAGGCUAUUGACACUUUCGCAAAGGUUGCCUCGACCCCUCUGAUCGGCGAAGUCGGUCCUGACACCUACUCCGGCUACAUGUCUGCCGGUCUCCCCCUUGCCUAUAUCUUCUCCGAGACUGCCGAGGAGCGAAAGGAACUUGGCGAGACUUUGAAGCCUCUGGCGGAGAAGUACCGUGGCAAGAUCAACUUCGCUACUAUUGAUGCCUCGUCCUUCGGUGCUCACGCUGGCAACCUCAACCUCAAGACGGACAAGUUCCCGUCUUUCGCUAUCCAGGAGACUGUCAAGAACCAGAAAUUCCCCUUCGACCAGGAGAAGGAGCUCACUGCCGAGGCCGUCACCGCCUUCGUUGACGACUUCGUUGCCGGAAAGAUUGAGCCCAGCCUUAAGUCCGAGGAGAUCCCGGAGAAGCAGGAAGGCCCGGUGACCGUUGUCGUGGGUAAGACAUACGAAGAGAUUGUCCUAGACGACUCCAAGGAUGUCUUGAUCGAGUUCUACGCCCCAUGGUGCGGCCACUGCAAGGCUCUCGCUCCCAAGUACGAGGAUCUUGCUUCCAUGUACGCCAACAGCGAGUUCAAGGACAAGGUGGUGAUUGCCAAGGUUGAUGCUACGGCCAACGAUGUGCCUGAUGAGAUUGGAGGAUUCCCCACCAUCAAGCUGUACCCCGCUGGCAAGAAGAGCGAGCCGGCUACGUACAGCGGAGCGCGAACUGUUGAGGACCUGAUCAAGUUCGUUCAGGAGAACGGCAAGUAUAAGGCGUUCGUAGAGGAGAAGAAGGAAGAUGAGACUCCCGUUGCUCCUGCUGCAAGUGAAUCUAGCAGCAGCGAGGCAGCUGAGGCAACUAAGCAUGAUGAACUUUGAGCUCAAUAAUAUGAGAAUGAAGCAAUAAAAAUUACUGUACAGAUUCUUUCAGUUACGCGAACGGGGCAAGUUAAUCAGCCUGUGCACUGGGUCACACUGGGACUGGGAUACAUUGUUGACAUGGGGUAGUUCAGCAUAAGAUUUAUGAAAUUAUUUUAAAUGAGCCCUUCUUACUUGGUAGUGAGGUGAAAAUGCAAAGAAUAGUACUAUGUCGUAAGGGAGGUUUUUGUAAAUUGGUGUAAUACCGUUGACCUUGAAAGUUGACGUAAGGUACUAUGUCGUAGAGUACCCAUAUGCAAUCA